GGGAUUCUAAACAGUGCCCUCCAAGGCGCGAGCUGAGCUAGAGAGCGUGGUUGGCGCUUUGGCCGUGGCGUCAUCAUCAGUCGCCGUGAGGCUGUGAUUUGUUGUUUUCCUGUAGUUGCUAAGGGCAGAGCUCGGAGGUUCACGUGCAAGAAACAAAGCAUAGCCUGGCAGCUGUAAUUACUGUAAUUACACAGAAACCCUACGGAGACAGUGAGUUACUGGGAGAAAUGUGUUUAUACAGAAUAUAUAUAUAUAUAUAUAUUAUUUAAUUUGGAAACAAUCUUUAUCUAAUCUCUAGUCACAGCUUUAAGUCUGAAUUAUGCCAUUCUGAUUUUAGUUUGCUACAAUUGGGAGCUUAGUGAAUAAGCCAUCCUGAAUUUUAUAAUCGAACUAUUUUACAUUAUUAUUAUUAUUUUAAUUAUUUUGGCACUAUCCCACCCCAUCCAAGGUGUUAAACAGAACAGGGCUCAACACAUCAGCUGAGAGCAUCAUCUGAACACUCUGCCAAUUAAUUAAACCCUCCACCACCAGCUUAGCUCAAUGAAGAGAUCUUAUCGCAGGAAACAGGGAAUGGUAGUGGUUAUAGUGCCUGCAGUGUUUCUUUAAAAAGACAUUUUAGGUGCCAACAUAACUUAAUCUCAAUUAAGAUACUUCUCCUUUCAGCCUUGCUUCUAAAAGAUUGAAUGAAUGUCACCAGCCAGCUGCUGCCCGGUCCCCCCUUGUAUUUCAGUCUAAUACUUACACAUUGAAGGACCACUAAAGGCACACAGUCUACUUUAUCUCACCGGAGUGAUCUGACUACAGUGGCCCUGUCGUUUUAGCCCUGCAAUGUAAAACAUUGCCAUUUAGUAGAUAUAGCAAUGUUUUGAUUGAAGGAUUAAAAGACACCAAGUUUUCAUCCUCAUUUUAAUCAGUGCUUUGUUAUGAGAAGAUUUUGAUUGGAUGCACGUCUUGUCCCCAGUGCUCCUUAUAGAAAAGCAUUGAAUUAGACAGGAAGCAACAUGAUUAAGUUGUGGGAAGAAUGGGUGGCAGCAGUAAGUGAGUCUCGGCGCUGGAAAAAAGUUAAGUAAAAUCCUUGUUUCUCUAGCAGGUUUAUUUACUAAAGUCAAUUUCAAAAUAGCUAAACUGGGACAAUUGUCUAAGUCGGCUAUCUAUUCACUUGGAUCAACGCAUCCCUAAGAGGAACGUUCCAUGCAGACCGUGGAGAUGCUGAACGACAGUACCUCUAGUGGCCGUCUGAGUGACUGCCACUACAGGUGUUGUUAGGCAGUAAUAUAAACACUCCCUUUUCUAUGAAAAGGCAGUGUUUUACAUUAAAAUAACUGCAGGGACAGACUAUACACACUAGAUGAACUACAUUUAUAUGUAGUUCUGGUAAAUAUAGUGUUCCUUUAAUUAUAUCCUACCAGGGCUAGCUCAUUGACUGAGUUGGAUGAUCACUAGACUUGUGCACAAAUCUUUCAGCUAUUCUGAACCAAUCAAGUGCUUGACAAUCUAAUGACGAACAAAUCGAUUGGUUAGGCAAGCCUGAACAAAUUGUUUAGUUUGCCCAUAGAUUGAAAGGCAUUUGAUUUGUUCAGCGCAGCUUAACCCCUUAAGGACUAAACUUUGGGAAUUAUGACAUGUCACACAUGUCAUGUGUCCUUAAGGGGUUAAAGGGAUUUGUGCACCAGUCUACUGAUCACUCUGACAAUGAGGUUAGCUCAAUGUAGAGAGCUUCUGGCUCUCAUGAAGGAUGUGAUUGGUGCCUUGCAGACCCCAAGUAAGCUAUCACACGGUUUGACUACUUACAUUGGUGGAGAGCCUUGGGCACUCCUGACAUUAUAACCACUAUAGCACACUCUAGUGGUUAUGGUACUUGGAGUGUUCCUUUUAUUAAAAAAAACAAAAAACAUAACUAACUGAACAUUCAAUGCAACUAGCAUUUGUGUACCUGGAGAAUCCGCUUAAAUACCUAAGCAUUGAUUUGUUUCUCAUCUACAUGUUUUAUGGAUAACUGGUCUUGCAUCAGUGGAAGUCUUCGGCAUUAGGUCGAUUUCUGGCACAAUGCAUUGUGUGGCUAGUACAGUACAUGAACCACAAUAACAAUAUUGGUUAUUGUAAGUAAAAAGGUAACUAAAACCACCUAAUAUUAUUUUUUUUUAGUUUUCCUUCAUAAUUUAUUUCUAUUGGAGUAAAGAUGUGUAAUAUCCUUAUAGAGGUUGUGAUACAAUAAACAACUGCAUUAAAUUAAUCACAAAGUGAAGAAAAAACUAACUGCGAAAAAACAAAACAGAAAAUGGAAUACUACAAAGGGAUGAAUAGAAAGGUGGGGGGAAAAAAAGCGAGUGGUAUAAAGAGAGGAGAAAAAAAGGACGGAAAAGAGACAUAAUUGGCAAUAAAUCUAAUCACGUGGGGAAAAAGCUGCAGGAGAGCAAAUCAUGAUUGUGAGAUCAUUUUUAAAACUAGUAAAAACAUAUAUUAGAUUGCUUUGGUUAGCAUUCUCCUAGGUGGUUAAAUUCUUACUUAGCUUGCAUACCUUCCACUCAACUUGUCCAUUCCCUUUGCAGUGGCUGGAAGUCUACUGCUAUAUAUAGUCAUGUGAUUUGCUAUUUUUGCCUACCAAAUUAUUGCAGUAUACGCCUAUUAAUCUUGGUUUCUAUGUGCAGGUGCAUUAGUGAAGAAUGGAAGCUGAGAAAAAACAUUGGGUUGAAGAGCUAUUUUCACCUCAUUUUAGUGCUGAGGAUUUUCUUUAUCAUUCAUUUGAACCAGAUCAAUUGGAAUCUGAAAAGUUGUCUGACAAGAGAGCAAAGGCAGUAGAAACCAUAUACCAUACUGCACUGUAUAAUACCCAGCAAGCAGAAAAAGAGAAAAGAAAAGCAUUUUUGUCAAAAAUGAUAGUUCGGGAUUAUGUGUCGCUUCCAGAGCAGAUUAAUACAAAACAGUCUAACACAGACCAAUGUCAGACUUGUUGCUUAUGCGGGAAGGUAAACACUUUCAGUGCUGCUAAUAAUGAAGAUAAUUGUAUUUGGGAUGAAAAUGAGUUAAAUAUUUUACGAGAUGAGAUCAAGAAAACUCAGACUGAACAAUCAUACUUAAAGGUUCACCUUGACGCAUGUAAGCGAGAAACAUCUGAGCUGAAAUCCAGAAACUGUAAAACCGUACAGGAGCUUGAGGAAGCAAGAGCAUCCCUUUCAGCAUCACAAAGGAAGAAUGAAUGCAAAAAAGUCCUGAUCAAACAGAUGCAGAAAGACCUACUGAAAAAGGAUGCCAUGAUUCAGGCUUUGAGAAAAGAUAUGCAUGAAAAAUGCGUGGAGGUUAGCAGUCUUAAUAAACAUCUUGCUAAAGCUAAGCAAGAUAUUCUGGGGUUACAGCUGAAAAAUGAGGACUUUGAGAAACAAUUAAAGACUUUAAAAAAACAACAGGAAUUUAAAAGUGUAGCUUUGGUAGAUAAAUUAAAGUUGGAACAUAAUUUACAAUUGAAUAAAUUGCAUAGAGAAAUCAAGGCAGUUAAAGAAGAAAUUACAAGUGAAAAGCUCCAGCAUGACAGAGAUAUAGUUGCAUUAGAUUCAUUAAGGAAACACUUUUCUUCCUUAUCUGUAAACAGCAGUCCAAACUUUGCACAUUUGAAUGUGACACCACAUUAAAGAGAGAGAGAACAAUGUAGUGAUUCAUAUCCUGAUGUCAUGCAGCCUUUAAAUCGGAGGGGUGUAUGUAUGUAUGUGUGUGUGUGUGUGUGUAUAUAUAUAUAUCUUAUUUCUAAAAGCUACUGUUGUGCAUGUUACAAUUUUCUGAUGGUGCAUGAUUACACCUAACAAUGUGAACAACCUUUGGUGUGGUAACGUGAUUAAUUAUAAUAAUUUAAUAAUACCCCAGGCACAGGGUGCUGUGUUCCAAAUUAUUUGUAUUUUAAGGGUUUAUGGUCUUGCAUCACAGAAACAUUAAAGGGACAGUCCCAUAAAGCAAUUCAGCUUGGUGAGGUGCUUUAGAUGUUAAAAGGAUCACUUUCGCCAUUAUUAUAUGUUCUUUCAAUAGAGCCCUUAGCGGAAAAUAUUAGGAAAAAUGUAGAUAUAAAAGGAUAUAGAAUAAGAGAGAAUUUAAAAUAAGUCUCUAUGCGGACGAUAUCCUCUUGUCAAUUACUGAACCAGCUAGCUCUUUGAAAUAUCUGAUGGAGGAAGUUAGUGUGUAUAGCCAUUUGGCAAACUAUAAAUUAAAUAAUGAAAAAACAGUUGGGAUGAGUAUUGAAUUAGAUAAGAAGAUUAGAGAGGAAAUUAGUAAUCAAUAUGGAUUUAUAUGGGCACCUCAGAAAUUUAAUUGUUUAGGAAUAUUGGUUACUAAAAAUAUAGAGAGGAUGAUGGAAGAAAAUUUUCUAAAUUUAUUAAAAAGUACAAAUGUAUUACUUAAAGAGUGGAGGAAUAUGCAGAUUACUUGGUGGGGCCGUAUUAACGUCAUCAAUUCUUAUAUUAUUCCUAAGUGGAGUUAUUUAUUUCAGAUGAUUCCACUUAGGAUUCCAGAUAUAUGGUUGACGUUACUACAAAACAAUUUAGAAAAUUUCAUUAACCAGGGUAAGAAAAAUAGAAUAAAUAGAAACAUCCUAUCAUUAAAGACUAAGGAAGGAGGUUUAAACUUUCCUAAUAUAAGAGUUAUAUACUGGGCAAAUGUGAUCAAUCACAUGUAUAGGUCCCAGACGGAGACAGUUCAAGAAGAAAGCUGGUUCGGUAUUGAAAUGGAAGAUCUGAGACUAAAAAAUCCAGAAGGUCUGCUAUGGAAUACGAAAACUCUAGACAAUAUGGAGAUAGAUAUCAAAAAUAAUAUUAUAUGGGCCCAAAUGUUGCCUGUCUGGGAGGAAAUUAAAAAGAAAAUAGGCCUCAAAUAUGCAAUUAUGGAUACGGCAAAUUUAAGGAUAGUAGAAGCUAAUAUGAAAGAUUUAUCUCUAGAAACUUGGAGAUUUAAAGGAAUAAAUAAAGUCUCACAGAUAUUAAACUCAGAUAAAAUAUUGCCUUUUGAUAUUAUAGUACAAAAAUACCAUCUUCCUCAACGAGAGUUAUUUGCAUAUUUGAGGCUUAAACAUUUUCUGCAGAAACAUCUUAAUAAGGAUUCUGGAAAAGCGCAUAAAUUGAUAAAACGCAUAUUUUCAAAUCAGAAUAUACCGAAAGUCUUAGCUAAAGCAAUAAAGAUAACUAGAAAUACUAAUGAGGUAGUUAAUUUCCCCCAGAGGACCAAAUGGGAAAAAGAUCUGAAGUGUUCCUUAGAACAAGAAGAUUGGUGUAAAGCUAUAAAUAAUACUCGUCGACAGGUUCAAUGUUUAAAUUUAUUAGAAACUUAUUACAAGGUUAUGUAUAGAUGGUAUUUGGUUCCUAGCAAGCUUUCUCAGAUGUACCCUGGAGUCACCUCUAGAUGUUGGAGAUGCGAUAAAGAGGAAGGUUCAUUUCUCCACAUUUGGUGGAGUUGUUUAAAC